AUGAGCCCGAAAAAGCUCACCUUAUCCUGUUCAAGAUGUCGCGCCUCGAAGCUGAAAUGCGAUCGCAAUGAGCCUUGUCUGGAAUGCGUCAAACGCGACUGUGCCCACCUAUGUACGAAGGAUGUGCGGCAACCGAGAGCCAAACGAAGCAAGACCCAGCCUACAGAGCAGAGCCCUAGCCAAACGUCGCCAGAAGAAGAAGCUCCCGAGGUUGAGGAAACAGCGCAGAUCUUGGAGCAGUUUGUGGAUGUCGUUCCGCUCCCUUCAUCGGAUGUGGCACCUGACAUCGCCAAUCGGUACUGGGAAAGCCAAGAUCCGCAGCGACAGAACGAAAAGCUUAGCUUAAUUCGAGAUGCGAUUCAAGCUCUGCCAGAAUGGGAUGUUGUCCAAGUCCUCUACGAGGUUUUUGCUACACGUUGUCAAGGACCGCUGGGAAAUGUGGUACAUACGCCAAGCUUCAUGAAGCAAGCCGACCAAUUGCGCCACUGCUUGAGUAUGGCCUCCCCGGAUACCGCCAUUAUCAGUAUAUUUUCUAUGGAGUCGCUUGCUGGUUUGCUUCUUGCGCUCGUGCUCGGACUCGCCUUUCAUCCAACACCGUCCAUUUUGGGAGUCCAGCUUACUCCGCUGACUUUCCGUGUGGAACAGUUGCGCGCCUCCGAUGAGCCUGCGACAUGGCGGUCCCUUGGUGUGCGUUGUCUUCAGGGCGGUCUUUCCCUCUUUUGUGGCUCUAUCCCCGGCUUACAAGCUGCUAUUAUGCUGCUCCUUUUGGACACAAAAGAGAGCUCUUUAGAGCUUGAUUCUAUAUUGGUUACUGCCAUUUCGGGUGCGCGUAAGCUUGGAUUACAUCGCUUGGGUAAUCCUAUUUUCGAUGUCUCGUCUUCUUUAUUCUGCGCAUGUACAACUGUUGACCCCCCCUCAUAUUCGCACCGAGAUUGCAAUUCGUGGACUCUUCUUAUGCGAGACUGGUCGCGUGGACAAGCUCUGGGCUAUUAUACCAUCCGCCCCUCAAAUUAUAAUACCCGCAUACCAUUGCACAUAAAUGAUGAAGAUCUACUCAAGGUGUAUCAUGAUGGCAAGAUUCCCGAGCGCCCUCGGUCUGAGUUUACUAUGCUCUCCUACACCGUACACGCUUUGGAACUCUCCAUCAUCGUGCGAGAAUUAAUCGAUCUUGGGGAGGUUGCAAACCAAGCUUCAAGUUCUCAGCGACGUCAACAUUUGAAUAAAACGUAUGAAAAGUACGUGACAAGCUUACCAUCCUAUUUCAGAUUGGGGAGCACUGUCGGACUCACAGCCAUGGGUGGUCCUAUGGCUGCCAUCCCUGUCCAGCGAUUCAUGUUAAAUCAACAACUGUGGAGUUUACUCCUUCGCCUGCACCGUGCUACUCUUUCCACUCCCAUAGGCCGGGCGUCAUGCCAGCAGCUAGCUCAUAACAUUAUCAACACGCAAACUCAGAUUCAAGCUCGAUGCACGGUUUGUAGCUCAUUAUGUACGAACGAAACAAACCUGUUCAAUGCGGCCGUUGUGCUGGUAUUGGAUCUACUAUUUGAUUCCCCAUCAACCGAGGCUGAGCGCUUAAGUGCCCAACUUGGUCGACUUAUGACGCGAGAUCACAUCCAAGAAGCCAUUGAAUUGCUACGUACCCAAGCUUCAUCUGAUAUCAAUAGCUCAGUCUCGCGUAGUGUUGUGGCCCUCGAGGCAUUGAUGAAGUUGGAAUCUGACUCAGGCGAUGGGACCAAGCACAAUACGGCAUCGAAGCAGAAGCUUUCCCUCCGCCACCAGGUAGUGGAGAUCCUGAAAGACUUAAACUUUCAAACCACCUCAACAAACUCACCAAUUGCGGCGUCGUCAACCGCUGGCAACGGCUUGUUGACCCCGUCAAUACCUGUUGCAAAGGGUUUCUCCGAUCUUGGAUUAAUGCCCAUCCUCUCUGAUGGCCUGAGUCUGAACAUAUGGGACUUUUUGGACUUCCAGCUACCAGAAGAUGUAAGGAAGGGGAACUCACCUAAGGAGGGAGAUAUUUACGAGAAUUUGAGCUUUACCAGCACAUUAUAUCCAAGCCAGAGCAGUGGCCUUUCAGGGACUCACAUGACGCAUGAAUCUCCGUCCUGUUUCGGUAGUGGGAGCGAAACUGCGCUGAACCCUGCAAUCACACCUUCAAGCGCCGAUGCUUUUGCGGCUGCGAACUUUUUUGACUCUCUAGAGAAUGAGGACUUCUGGUGA